GUGGCCGUCAGCAGCUGUUGGAGCUGCUCUGAGGCUCAUUCAGCUCCGUCAUGAAGCUCAGGCUGCUGCUCGCUCUGCUCACAGUCUGUGAAUGUGACAGCGUGGAGGUCAAAGGUCACACAGGUCAGGAUGUCACUCUGCCCUGUAAGUAUGACAGGAAAUAUCACGGCGCUCUGUCAGCGUGCUGGCAGCGAGGAGAAAUACCAACCAGAGGCUGCUCCAAUCAGCUGAUCUCCACAGAUGGACUCAGAGUGGAAACCAGAGCUUCCAGCAGGUAUCAGCUGCUGGGCCGACUGGAGGACGGAGACGUCUCUCUGACCAUCAUGAACCUCACAGAGGGAGACGCUGGACGAUACGGCUGCAGGGUGGAGAUACCCGGCUGGUUCAAUGACGAGAAGCAUCACAUCAAUCUGACUGUUGUUGACGACCCGAGCGGCGCCACAGACGCUCCCACAUCCACGGCCUGGACGACGGACACGCCCACAGAGUCGACAUCGUCCUCUCAGACUGAAGGUCAUGUGACCUCCACAGAAAGCCCCCUGACGUCCUCCUCCAGUGUGAAGCUCAGCAGCGAGGUUGCACAGACGAUGGCGCCUCUGAUCGCCGUCCUGCUGGUCUUGGUGUUUCUGCUCGCGCUCGGCGGACUCGUCGUCGCCGUGAGAAGACUGAAGCAGCUCGUCAGCACCCCUCAGGAGAAGGUCGGCCCGGGUCAGCAGGUCCAGUUCAGCUCCACGGCGUCCACUCUGCAGCUCCAGAGCUCCACCGUGGACAACAUCUACCAGAUGGAGAGCGACGGUGAUGGCGGCGAUGGUGGCGAUGGUGGCGGUAGCGAUGGCGGCGGCGGUGAUGGAGGUAGAGGAGAAGACGGGGGAGACUACGAGUACUGCCCCUGAGGUCCCACCCACUCAGCCUGGACGAUGACAGGAAGCAGGAGCGAGGAGCAUUUCAGGAAGAUGGCUUUGCUCUCACACUUUGCUUUGAAAGCGUCCAAUCAGAGAGCUCCAGGUGUGCUCCCAUGUGACUAACAGCACCUUCAGAUGGGAGGUUCUGUAGGCAGCCGGUGUUUAACAGACUGAGAGCUAACGUGUAAAUAAAGCAAGCUUUUAUUCUGAAAGGUUGUUUUUUCAGAUUUAACCUAUAAGGAUCCACAGUGACACAGGUGACCCCACCCCUUUAGACACCAACGAAAGUUCCUUUUAAUGUUUUAAAGUUUCGUUUGAGUGACACCUGCUGAACAUCAGUCAUGUGACAAGCGAGGGACUCGUGACAACACGUCCUGUCUGACACGUGACCUGAAGCCGUCAAACUGAAGACGUUCGUCAGAGUUUUAUUGUGACAAACUCACAUAAUGGAAAAGGUCAUGUGACAUGUUUGUCACACAGCACCAAUCAUCUGUUUUCUUAUUGAUCAAUAUGUUUCCUGUUGUUGGAUUCGAAGCAUGUUUAAACAAUAAAAGCAUGAAAAAUGA